AUGGCGAAACGAAGGGACGGGGUCAUUUGCCUUGCUAGCUUACCGGACAAGAAGGAUUGUCAUGGGUUGGGAAAACAAUAUUUCACUAACUAUCAUUCGAUCAAGUUUGAUCCAUUAGGUUCUUCGAUUUGUUCAGAAAAGAAACCCGGUAAAGGAAGAGAGAUAGGAAAGAUCUCCUCGGAGCCUGAUUCUCCGAAGCGGGAGGUGAAUGCCAUAAGAGAAGAUUGCCCUCCCGGUAAGGAAGAGAGGGAAAAGCCGCUUUCUCAAAGCAGAGGAGGAAGGGUGGGAAGAAAGUACCACGAGCCCUCUAUCCCACACAUCUAUCCAAAAGCAGUAGUUCACCGGUUCCACCGAAUGCUCCUAUCUCUCGACAAAGAUCGUGUGAGUGUGCAGUUAUGCUUCGGAUGCUUCGCCAUAAUAGAUCGACCCAGUUCUCGUUCUUUUCCGGUGCACUCGCUUUAUAUCUCUGACACACAAGGAAGGACGCGGUGGGAAGGAAGCAGGCCUAGCCUCUGUCCUGCUGAUCAUUCCGCUGGCAUCUUGCAUUCACGCCUCUGUUUGACUGCCGCUCGCGGAUGUAGUUGUAGAUACGUUAGUCUUAGUGGAUCGUUGGCUCCACCUGUUAUCUCCUUCUACGACAUGUUGUUGUCGUCGCCAUAUUCCAUAUGUCACUUAGUCAUCUCUGCCUCGCUGCGGGUCAGCACCUCCGAAAGAAACGGAGGACUUCAUUCAAUGACUCCGCGAUCGCCCUCUGAAUGAUCAGAAUAA